AGCCAGGUGAAACACCAUUAUACCUUUCAACCUGUCUAGGUGAGAGGUCUGUUUCAGUGAGAGGUAGCUGCCUGAGUGAAAAUGGGUUUGAUAGAUGUGGGGCUUUUAUUACUGUUGUUUUGUUUGGCCUAUAGCUAUCAGUUCAGAGACAGAGCUGCAGAUGGUCCAUUGAUGCAAGGUCUUGAAUUAGACUGGGCAAAAACGGCAACAGAGAAAGGUGAGAGGAGGAUGCCAGUCCCUGCUCCCAGAGCUGGACACAGUUUAUCAGGCACUGGAUCUUCAAGACCUGAAGCAAUGAAGUUUUUUAAGUUUUUGCCUGUUCCACUUUCCAAGGACCAAAAAAAGGUUUUUGAGCCAGGAGAGAACAGUAACACUUCCCUCUCUGACUGGGCCAAGUCAGUGUUACGUGGUACUCCUCCCUAUAUUCUUAAACCUGAAAGAAUAGGAGGUGAAACACAGCAGGUUGAAAUCCUAUGUCACCUUGACAGGAUGUAUGUGAGAGUCCAUAGAAAAAUCUUUAAGACUAUCAAUGCGUUCAAAUAUUUGAAACUAGGCACCUGUCCUGUUAACAAUGCUAACACCACCCAUUACUUCCUCCUGUACCAUUUGAAAACUGAGUGUGGAUUCAAGAUAGAGAAUGCUUCCAAUUAUGUGAUCAUCAGUAUUGAGCUCCAUUAUAAGCCAACCACUCCUGUUUUAAGGGAAAUGCCAUUUCACAUUCUCCUUAAGUGUAAAAUUCCAAGGUUAAUGUACUCCUAUGCCUAUACAAGUUUAUAUCCCAUAAUAGAACCACACAAAAUUUUCAAAGUGCUCAAUGGAAAAAGACGUUUCGCCCUACUUCUUCAAGAUGCAUCAGGGAAUGAAAUCACUGGAAGUGAAACCUACACCUUGGGCCAGCCAGUGUACUUUGGAGUCAAGGAACUUAACUACACUGGAAGUUCUGAAGAUCGGAGGAUGUAUAUUACCAAGUGCUUUGUAACGCACUCCCGUGACCCCAGCGCUUACCCUAAAUAUGUAGUCAUUGACAACCAUGGCUGUAUGAUUGAUAGCAUGGUGACGGAACAGUCAAGGUUCCUCCCUGGACCCUCAAAUAUGGCAGUGAAAUUCUCUGUGGGCACAAUGAUUUUCAGUGAUGUGGUUUCAAAUUCAUCACAGGGUUCAGCCUUUCACUUGUUCAUGCACUGUGUGGUUGACAUAAGGUCACUUACUCCAACCCGGAUUUCAAAGGCCUGCAAUUAUGAUCAAGCUACAAAAAAGUGGAAGGAGCUGUACGGUGAAGACUCUGUGUGCGCCUGCUGUCCGUCGGCUUGCCCUCCAGCACAGCCUAAGGCUUCCAGGAAAAUCAUCUCAAGUCGCUCAGUCAAUGUCAACUUCAGCAGCAAGGAUCAAUAUUUGGAGGCUGACCCUGUUGAGGUGUUUAAUCUGGAAGACCCCAACAUGAUGGAGCAAGACCCCUAAACUGAAAAAGUGGAAAAUUGCAUGGAAAUGACUUGUGCUUUUAAAUAAAAACUUCAUGAACAAAUGACUCA